AUGCCACGCCAAACCACUGCCCUGGCGGUUCUCGCCACUGCCUUGUGUGUUGUGGCCGAGGAAUAUACGUUCUGCACCGAAGACACCUGUGGUGAUUGUCCGGUAUCUAUCACGACGAUCGGGACAGGUUAUCCAGACUGUGCGAUAUACAAUUCUAUGGACGUUUUCGGUAACCAAGGUUUCGAGCAGACGAACAAAAAUAUCUCGGCUUUCAUUGAUAUACCGCAGCAGGAUGAAUCGGCUCCUUGCUAUAUCAUCUUUAAAUCGCCGGCUGACCUCGAACAGCCGGGCUGUGGCUUAACUCAAAAGUACUUCCAAGAUGCCACAUGCGGUGACAUCGUGCUGGACAAUACCUUUAUGGUACAGUUCUGCUGCGGCCGUGGCGACUGUGCUGCCGCAGGAAUCCCAAACCAGGGCCCUGGUUCCGAAUCCAGCUUGUCGAUGUCGAGAUCUGCCAAGUUCGGCCGCGGCAUAAACGCAGGUGAUCUGGAACUCUCUGCUUCAGGUGGUGGUCUGAAGAGUAUGCGGAUCGCUGUAAACGGCACUGAAAUCAAGCCUGCUUACGUUGGUCCUCCCCGAGUGGCUUCCAACUUCACGACAGAUGCCCAACCCAUUUCUAAGCGUGGUGGAGUCUGUGACGGCGACUGGAGUCCUGAACCUGGUAAAGAAGACUAUACCCGCCCAGCCGACGGACCGCAAAUCCUGUCAUCGGUUGUGGAAUCGUCAGAAUUCACGGUUGAAGUGACCCGAACACAAGAAUGGACCACAACCAUCGACGCGUCACUGGGGUUUGAGGAUAUCUUGUCUCUAGGCGUGGGCUUUUCCGAGUCUUUCUCCGAGUCCCUGUCUAACAGCGAGAGUUACACGUUCACCUUCCCCGAGGGAGAAAGCGGAUAUGUAGGAUGGACAUCCUAUCUUCGCUGUAGUCAGGGCACUGGUACGUGCAAUGAUGAGGAGGUGUCGGGCGAGGUUUGCACACCUUAUCUUGAUAGAAACUCUGGCAAGCUUGCUGGUAGAUAUAUCGUUGUUCAAGAGGGAUAA